UCGCCGUUGGACCAGUCGCGAACAUCGCGGAACAUCUUUCUCUCCUGCAGUUGCUGCAAUUAACCGACCCUUGGAUUACGGUUUCUUGCAGAGUCCAGUGCGCUUGCUGGAACGCGUUCCCUGGAUCGUGGUAUCCCGGCCGUAUCCGUGUGUGAGCAGUGCGACAGUGAUUUGUGGGCUUUUGGAAGGAAUCUUGUGCUCAAGGACCACAUUUUCCUCCAUCCCGGAUUAGGAAAUCAUCAUCGCCAACGAGGGAAAACCACGACUUGUGAAAUAUUAGGAAAAACGAAACGAAAUUAAACUAAAAGUGACACGGAUAGUGGAGUAAGCGAAAAAUCCUCAACGAAGCGAAAAAAAAAUCGUGUCACCUGUGGAAAUAAUUGAAUAAAAUAGUUUAGAAAAAGUGAAAUAUUAAAAUUUGCUCCAAGCAAAUCCAUACCCAGUGCACAGAAGAACCAAUGAAGUAACACGAAAAGGAUCCGUCUUUAUUUUUUUCAUUCAAGUAUCCUUUCGUUUAGUUCAGUCUUCCUCGUUUGCAUUUUUAAUGUUUUUGAUUGGAAGAAGAAAACUUUACGUCUACUGAAGUAACCCACUUGGAUAUAAGAGGGAGCGGUUACAGCUAAGUAAUCAUGGCGGAAGCGGAAGGAGGUUCGGAGCAGGAUGAUGUUUCAUUCUUGCGGACGGAAGACAUGGUCUGUCUGUCCUGCACGGCUACGGGCGAACGUGUCUGCCUGGCGGCGGAAGGCUUCGGCAACCGGCAUUGCUUUCUCGAGAACAUUGCCGACAAGAACAUCCCGCCGGACCUAUCGCAGUGCGUGUUUGUCAUCGAGCAGGCGCUCUCGGUCCGUGCCCUGCAGGAGCUGGUCACGGCCGCCGGUUCCGAAACCGGCAAUGAUUCGGUAGGCAAAGGAACGGGCUCUGGACACCGAACGCUACUGUACGGCAAUGCCAUUCUGCUUCGUCACAACAACAGUGAUAUGUAUCUAGCGUGCCUUUCGACGUCGUCUUCCAACGAUAAGCUAUCGUUUGACGUCGGUCUGCAGGAGCAUAGCCAGGGCGAGGCGUGCUGGUGGACAGUUCACCCGGCCAGCAAGCAACGUUCCGAAGGUGAGAAGGUCCGCGUAGGAGACGAUCUUAUUUUGGUCUCGGUGGCAACCGAACGUUAUUUGCACACUACCAAGGAGAAUGACCUUUCGGUUGUUAAUGCUAGCUUCCACGUCACGCACUGGAGUGUCCAGCCUUAUGGCACCGGUAUCUCACGCAUGAAGUACGUCGGUUACGUAUUUGGCGGCGAUGUGCUUCGAUUCUUCCACGGCGGCGACGAAUGUCUCACCAUACCAAGCACGUGGGGACAGGAACCGGGACAGAACAUGGUAGUCUACGAAGGUGGUUCUGUUAUGUCGCAAGCUAGGUCCCUCUGGCGACUGGAAUUGGCACGAACCAAAUGGGCCGGAGGUUUCAUCAACUGGUCCCACCCGAUGCGAAUUCGUCACUUGACCACCGGUCGCUAUCUUGGCGUCAACGAAAACAAUGAGCUGAUUCUGAUGUCCCGAGAACUGGCUACCACAUCGCAAACGGCAUUCGUACUACGGGCGGAAAAAGACGACCAGAAGGUGGUACUGGAAGACAAAGAUCUUGAGGUGAUCGGUGCACCGAUCAUCAAGUACGGUGACUCGACUGUUAUCAUGCAACACCACGAAUCCGGACUGUGGGUGAGCUACAAAAGCUACGAAACCAAGAAGAAGGGCGUUGGCAAAGUCGAGGAGAAGCAGGCCGUACUCCACGAGGAAGGAAAGAUGGACGACGGGUUGGACUUUUCCCGCUCGCAAGAGGAAGAAUCGCGAACUGCACGGGUCAUCCGCAAGUGUUCGCAUCUGUUCACGAAAUUCAUUGGUGGCCUUGAAACGCUGCAGCAGAACCGCCGGCAUUCGUUCUUCCUACAGACGAUCAACCUGGGUGAGAUGGUGAUGUGCCUGGAGGACUUGAUCAACUACUUUGCUCAACCGGAAGACGACAUGGAGCAUGAAGAGCGUCAAAAUCGUCUGCGAGCUCUGCGCAACCGUCAAGAUCUGUUCCAGGAGGAGGGUGUGUUGAACCUGAUUCUGGAAGCGAUCGACAAAAUCAAUAUCAUCUCGUCGCAAGGCUUCUUGGCUUCGUUCUUGGCCAGUGAUGAAACUGGUCAGAGCUGGGAAAUGAUUUCCGGUUAUCUGUACCAACUUCUGGCGGCCAUCAUCAAGGGCAAUCACACCAAUUGUGCUCAGUUUGCCAACUCGAACCGCCUGAACUGGCUAUUUUCCCGUCUAGGUUCGCAAGCCUCCAGCGAAGGUUCCGGUAUGCUGGAUGUACUCCAUUGCGUUCUCAUCGAUUCUCCGGAGGCGUUGAAUAUGAUGCGAGACGAGCAUAUCAAGGUCAUUAUUUCUCUACUGGAAAAGCAUGGUCGCGAUCCGAAGGUUUUGGAUGUGCUUUGUUCUCUGUGCGUUGGUAAUGGUGUAGCGGUACGAUCUUCGCAGAACAACAUUUGCGAUUUCUUGCUUCCGGGGAAGAAUCUCCUUCUGCAGACUAGUCUGGUAGACCAUGUGGCCAGUGUCAGGCCGAACAUUUUUGUGGGGCGUGUUGAAGGGUCUGCCGUUUACCAGAAGUGGUAUUUUGAGGUGACCAUGGAUCAUAUCGAACAAACUACGCACAUGUCUCCGCACCUGAGAAUCGGUUGGGCCAACACCACCGGGUACGUCCCGUAUCCAGGAGGUGGCGAAAAAUGGGGUGGCAAUGGAGUUGGUGACGAUUUGUUUUCGUAUGGCUUUGAUGGUGUAUUUUUCUGGUCCGCUGGACGCAGAACGCAAGUCGUGUUUUCGAACGUUACGGAACCGUUUAUUAAGAAGAAUGACGUUAUUGGGUGCACAUUGGAUUUGAGUGUCCCUGUAAUCAGGUUCACGUUCAACGGAGAACCGGUACAUGGUUCCUUUACGGAUUUCAAUCUGAAUGGCAUGUUCUUCCCGGUUAUCAGCUGUUCGUCAAAGCUGAGUUGCCGUUUUCUUUUCGGUGGUGAUCAUGGUCGAAUGAAGUUUAAUCCACCGCCAGGGUUCUCCCCGCUGGUUCAGUGCCUUAUGCCCCAUCAAAAUCUUAGCUUGGAUCCCUGUUUCUUUUUUGGAAAUCUAAACAAAAAUGUCCUGGCUGGUCCGUGGUUAGUGGAGGAUGACUCGGCAUUUGUACCGAAGCCAGUAGAUACUUCCACCGUUACACUGCCAGCAUCAGUGGAGACGAUUAAAGAUAAAUUGGCUGAGAACAUCCAUGAAAUGUGGGCUCUGAACAAAAUCGAAUCCGGAUGGACCUGGGGUGAGCGCAGGGACGAUCUGUACAGGGUGCAUCCUUGUUUGACAUCCUUCGAGAAGUUGCCUGCAGCGGAGAAGCGAUAUGAUUGCCAACUGGCCGUGCAAACUCUGAAAACGAUUCUCUCAUUGGGAUACUACAUCUCGAUGGACAAACCUCCCGCGAGAAUUCGACCGAUCCGUUUGCCAAACGAUCCUUACAUGCAAGGCAACGGAUACAAACCUGCUCCACUGGAUUUGAGUGCCGCUGUGCUAAAUCCCAAGAUGGAGGAGCUGAUAGAUUUGCUAGCCGAGAAUACUCACAACCUAUGGGCGAAGGAGCGUAUCCAGCAGGGCUGGACGUACGGGUUGAACGAGGACGGUGAAAACAGACGCAGUCCCCAUUUGGUGCCGUACAGCAAGGUAGACGAAGCCAUCAAGAAGGCAAAUCGCGAUACGGCGUCGGAGACUGUACGGACACUGCUGAUCUAUGGCUACAAUUUGGAUCCACCGACCGGUGAGGCCAACGAAGCUCUGGCUGCCGAAGCAUUCCGGCAGAAGUUUGCUGCCUUCAGAACGUACCGAGCGGAGAAGAACUAUGCCGUUACAUCCGGGAAAUGGUACUUUGAGUUUGAAGUAUUAACUGCAGGUCCGAUGAGGGUGGGAUGGGCGCGUGCAGACUGUAAUCCCGGAACUAUGCUGGGUAGCGAUGACGCCUCGUGGGCUUUCGAUGGAUACAACGAAGAAAAAGUGUCUGGAGGUGCAACGGAAUCAUUCGGCAAACAGUGGGUACCUGGCGAUAUCGUUGGUGUAUUUCUUGACUUAGUGGAUCAUACGAUCAGUUUUUCACUGAACGGUGAACUCUUGAUGGAUGCCCUCGGCGGCGAAACCACUUUUGCCGAGGUCAACGCACCGGAAGGCAUUGGUUUCGUACCAGCAUGUACCAUUGGAAUCGGUCAAAAAGCUCGCGUUGUCUACGGUCAGGAUGUCGACUCGCUCAAGUGGUUCACCACUUGCGGUCUGCAAGAGGGCUACGAACCUUUCUGUGUUAACAUGAAACGCGCCGUUACGCACUGGUACACGAAGGAUCAACCGACCUUCGAAAACAACGAGGACAUCCCGGAUUGUAAGAUCGACGUCACCCGUAUUCCGGGUGGUGCCGACACACCGCCAUGUCUGAAAAUCUCGCACAACACUUUCGAAACGAUGGAAAAGGCCAACUGGGAGUUCCUGCGGCUGUCGCUCCCCGUUACUUGCGAUGCCACCUUUAUUGAUGAAAGAGAAAAGAUGCACCGAUGGGAAGAGAUUCGCAUUCGUCAGCAUCGUCUGCUGGUGGAGGCCGAACAGCAAGCUCAGCCGAAUGCCGCUCAUUUGGAUCACAUCAUGAAGAGUGGAUUCACGAUGAACGAUCUGAAGGGGCUUCAGAGGAAUUACUCCGAAGAUGCAGUGGAGUCGGAUGAAGUCAUGCGGCGUGGGCCCGCACGUCCAUCGCGUGCUACCCGUCGAGGUGAAGGGCUAAGUCCACCAGGAAUUGAGAUCAACGGAGAAAUGCACCUGUCCGACCAUGAAAAUGCUUACUCGGAUCAUGAAAUGGAUGAUGACCGGAAGAAACGCGGUCGUAGCCCGUUCCGGCUCUUUGGUAAGAAACGCGAUCAAAGCAAGGACAAACUGAAGGAUCGUCGCACACCUGAGCCGGAACCUCGUCGAGGAGCAAUGCAACAGCCACAGCGGGCGGUUGCUCGUAGUGGUACGAUCCGCGCUUCGAACGCCGAUAUCCGAGGAGCAGCACAGAUGUCUGCCGAUCGCAAAUCUAUGGGCAGCCCGCAGGGUGUCGAGUCGUUCGGAAGCGAAAUCUACGACGCCGAAUGCUUGAAGCUUAUCAAUGAAUAUUUCUACGGUGUGCGCAUCUUCCCCGGUCAGGAUCCAACGCACGUCUACGUUGGUUGGGUGACCACGCAGUAUCACGUACACAGCAAGGACUUCAGCCAGGACAAAGUCCGUCAUGCUGCGAUCUACGUGGAAGAUGAAAUGGAGAAAACCGUUGAAGUCGUUAACCGUCAAUCGUGCUACAUGGUCCGCGCCGAUGAGUUAUUCAACGAAGUCACCCAGGAUGCCUCUGGAAAGGGAGCAUCUCAGGGAAUGUUCGUUGGAUGCUUUGUCGAUACGGCUACGGGUACAAUUCGCUUCACUUGCGAAGGGAAGGAAACCUCGCACGUAUUUCUGAUGGAACCGGAGACCAAACUGUUCCCGGCUAUCUUCGUUGAAGCUACGAGCAAAGAAAUUCUUCAAAUCGAGCUGGGUCGCACCCCGACUACUUUGCCGCUGUCAGCUGCAGUUCUUCCAACAAGCGACAAACAUAUCAAUCCGCAAUUCCCACCCAGGCUGAAGGUACAGUGCCUGAAACCGCACUCGUGGGCCCGUGUGCCAAAUACUGCCUUACAAGUCCAUGCUCUCAAGCUGUCCGACAUCCGAGGUUGGUCAUUGCUCUGCGAAGACCCAGUCUCCAUGCUUGCUCUGCAUAUUCCCGAGGAGGAUCGUUGCAUAGACAUCCUUGAGUUGAUCGAAAUGGAUCGACUUCUGUCUUUCCAUGCCCAUACCCUAACACUGUACUCAGCACUUUGCUACCAAUCCAAUUAUCGGGCAGCCCAUGCACUCUGCAAUCACGUAGAUCAAAAGCAGUUACUCUAUGCAAUUCAGUCAGAAUACAUGAGCGGACCGCUUCGUCUCGGAUUCUACGAUUUGCUGAUCGCCCUUCACCUGGAAUCCCACGCAAACACAAUGGAAGUCUGCAAGAACGAAUUCAUCAUCCCACUGGGAACGGACCUGAAGGAUCUGUAUAUGGAUCCAGAAAUGUGUCACUCCCUCCGUUCCCUGCAGACCCUCUCCGUAAGACCUCAGAUGAACAUGACGGAGAUUGCAUCACCCUCACCCCCACAAUCGAAUUUGCCAACAUUAGUAGCACCAGAUUCUUCCAGUGAACCAAUACCGGCAAUUGAUUCGCUUUAUUCGCCAAGAUUCCCGCUCGAAGUGGUGCGGGAGUUUGUGAUGGCCGCACUGAAAGAGGCGGUUGAGAUCAAUCAGGUGCACAACCGCGAUCCGAUCGGCGGCUCCAAUGAAAAUCUGUUCUUACCGUUGAUCAAGCUUAUCGACAGAUUGUUGUUGGUUGGUGUGAUCACCAACGAAGAUGUCGAAAAGUUGUUGAUCAUGAUCGAUCCUGAGACGUGGGAUCCUUCGUUCCAAAAGGAAGGUAAGGAUGAGCAUCGCAAGGGCUUGCUAACGAUGAAGAUGGCAGAAGGUGCCAAGCUUCAGAUGUGCUACCUUCUGCAUCAUUUGUACGAUGUGCAGUUGCGUCACCGAACGGAAAGCAUCGUCGCUUUCGCUUAUGACUACGUGUGCGAUCUACAGCAAGAUCAGUUAAGAAGAUACAUCGAAAUUAAGCAUUCAGAUCUACCGAGUGCCGUUGCCGCCAAGAAAACUCGUGAGUUCCGUUGUCCACCACGUGAACAAAUGAACGCCAUUUUGUGUUUUAAGAACCUGGAAGGCGAAGAUCUAGAAAACUGUUCCUGUGGAGGUGACCUUCGCGAUCGGUUAGCUGAGUUCCACGACAAACUGAUGGGAAAAGUAUCUUUGAACGCGCUCCAGGAACCGGAAGAAGAAACGGUUGAGCCUGUGAAUGAAACAAGACCAGGCGCAUUGAAGAAGUUGUACAACUUCAUUAAUGCCGUAAAGGAGUUGGAAGAAGAUCCAAAGGAACCGGAGGAAACUGAUAAGAAAACUCCGGAAGAAGUCUUCCGUAAGGUACUGAUCAAGCAAAUCGUCUCCUGGGCAGAAGAGUCUCAGAUCGAAAAUCCCAAGCUGGUUCGAGAGAUGUUCGGUUUGCUGGUCCGACAGUACGACACCAUCGGUGAGCUGAUCAACGCUUUGAACAAGACGUACGUAAUCAACUCCAAGACGACUGGAGACGUGGCGAACAUGUGGGUUGGAUUGAGUCAAAUCCGUGCCCUCCUACCGGUCCAGAUGAGCCAAGAGGAAGAGGACCUGAUGCGUAAACGAUUGUGGAAGCUGGUCAACAACCAUACCUUCUUCCAGCAUCCGGAUUUGAUUCGCAUCCUAAGGGUGCACGAGAACGUGAUGGCUGUAAUGAUGAACACUCUGGGACGACGUGCUCAAGCCCAGAGCGAUGCGCCAGCCCAGUCCGCUGAAGGUGAAGAGACCCCGCCAAAAGAGAAGGACACAUCCCAUCAGAUGGUUGUCGCUUGCUGCCGUUUCUUGUGUUACUUCUGUCGUACUGGACGUCAGAACCAACGCGCUAUGUUCGACCACUUUGACUUCUUGCUGGAAAACUCGAAUAUCUUGUUGUCUAGACCAAGUCUGCGAGGUUCCACUCCGUUGGACGUGGCUUACUCCAGUUUGAUGGAAAACACAGAACUCGCCCUGGCUCUCCGAGAACACUACCUGGAGAAGAUUGCGGUCUAUCUAUCGCGUUGCGGUCUGCAAAGCAAUUCUGAGUUGAUUGAACGUGGCUAUCCGGAUCUUGGAUGGGACCCCGUGGAAGGUGAACGCUAUCUGGAUUUCUUGCGCUUCUGUGUUUGGGUCAACGGUGAAAGCGUUGAGGAGAACGCCAAUCUUGUCAUUCGUCUGUUGAUCCGACGUCCGGAGUGUUUGGGUCCUGCGCUUCGUGGUGAAGGUGAAGGUUUGUUGAAGGCCAUCAUCGACGCCAACAAGAUGUCCGAAAAGAUUUCCGAGCGUAGAAAGAUGCAGGAUGAGGCCGAAGGUACGAUCACUGGUCUAGGCUUUUCGCAUCCCCUGCCAGAGGGAGAUGACGAUGAAGAUUACAUCGAUACCGGAGCUGCCAUUCUGUGUUUCUAUUGUACGCUGGUGGAUCUGUUGGGCCGUUGCGCACCGGAUGCAUCGGUGAUCGAACAAGGGAAGAACGAAUCAUUGCGAGCCCGUGCCAUUCUGCGUUCUUUGGUACCGCUGGAAGAUCUACAAGGAGUUCUGGGUUUGAAGUUCACAUUGACUAAUCCGGCGGUUGGCGAAGAAAGGCCCAAGUCCGACAUGCCUUCUGGAUUAGUUCCUGGACACAAGCAGAGUAUUGUGCUGUUCUUGGAGCGUGUGUAUGGAAUUGAAACGCAGGAACUGUAUUACCGACUGUUGGAAGACUCCUUCCUUCCUGAUUUGCGAGCAGCCACCAUCCUUGAUAGAAGUGACGGGUCGGAGAGCGACAUGGCCCUAUCCAUGAAUCGCUACAUUGGCAAUUCCAUCCUGCCGUUGCUCAUUAAACACUCUAAGUUCUACAACGAAGCUGAGAACUAUGCCAGCUUGCUCGACGCCACUUUGCACACAGUAUAUCGCAUGUCCAAAAAUCGAAUGCUUACUAAAGGACAGCGUGAGGCAGUAUCCGAUUUCUUAGUUGCUCUGACUUCAGCGAUGCAUCCAGCUAUGUUGUUGAAACUGCUCCGAAAGCUCACUGUUGACGUCUCGAAGCUUUCCGAGUAUACGACAGUAGCCUUACGACUACUUACGCUGCACUACGAUCGCUGUGCCAAGUACUACGGAACGACAGGCAGUGGACAAGCGUCGCAGUUCGGAGCUUCUUCGGAUGAAGAGAAGCGACUCACCAUGUUGCUGUUCUCGAACAUCUUUGAUUCACUCAGUAAUAUGGACUACGAUCCGGAGUUGUUCGGAAAAGCGCUGCCUUGUCUGAUUGCCAUCGGUUGCGCCUUGCCCCCGGAUUACAGUUUGUCGAAGAACUCUGACGAUGAUCUGUACGGAAAACCGACGAGCAGCCCCGAUCAACCGCACUAUAAUCCGCAGCCAAUCGAUACCACCAUGGUUCAGCUGACAAAUGAUCUGAAUCAGAUAACACAGAAAUUCAGCGAGCAUUAUCACGACGCCUGGGCUAGCAAGAAGUUCGAAAAUGGCUGGAGCUAUGGAGAUCAGUGGUCCGACUCGAAUAAGACACAUCCUCGCCUGAAACCUUACACCAUGCUCAGUGAAUAUGAGAAGGAACGCUACAGAGACCCAGUUCGGGAGAGCUUGAAGGGAUUGUUGGCGCUCAAUUGGCGCGUUGAUCAUUCCGAAGUUGACGUUCCCCAUUCUAAUCGAGGAUCGAUACGCAGACAAUCCAAGCCCAAUCUUGAAUUACAGGGAGACACAGGUUCGCCGUUCAACUACAACCCCCACCCGGUCGACAUGACCAAUCUAACUCUGAGCAGAGAAAUGCAGAACAUGGCCGAACGGUUGGCCGAAAACUCGCACGAUAUCUGGGCGAAGAAGAAGUUCGAAGAAUUGCGCCAAUGUGGGGGCGCUAUCCACGCACAGUUGGUCCCGUACGAUCUGUUGACCGAUAAGGAGAAGCGUAAGGAUCGCGAACGAUCGCAGGAAUUCCUGAAGUAUUUGCAAUACCAGGGUCUUAAAUUGCACAAACCAUCUCGUGGAAUGACCGAGGAGCCAGGCGUUACCGCGGCAGCUAUCGAAGCCCGCUUUGCUUACUCCCUGCUAGAGAAAUUGAUUUCGUACAUCGAUCGUGCCACAAUCAACAUGAAGCUGCUGAGGCCAUCAACGACCUUCAGCCGUCGGUCGUCAUUCAAGACCUGCUCAAGAGAUAUCAAGUUCUUCUCCAAGGUUGUGCUUCCACUAAUCGAGAAAUAUUUCUCAUCGAAUCGAAACUACUUCAUCGCAAUUGCUACCGCCACGAACAACGUAGGUGCUGCCUCGCUGAAGGAAAAGGAGAUGGUAGCCGCACUGUUCACCAAAUUAGCCAGUUUGCUGAGAUAUCGAAUGGCGGCAUUCGGUGCUGACGUCAGGAUCACCGUUCGCUGUCUACAGGUGCUGGUUAAGAGCGUUGACGCCAAAUCUCUGACAAAGAACUGCCCGGAAUUCAUUCGUACUUCUAUGUUAACGUUCUUCAACAACACUGCGGACGAUCUGGGACAAACGAUCUUCAACUUGCAAGAAGGCAAAUAUGAUCGCUUGCGCGGUACACACUUGAAAACCUCAACGUCGCUAGCGUACGUCAAUCAGGUAAUUCUACCGGUAUUGACAGCACUGUUCGAUCACCUGGCAGCUUGCGAUUAUGGUAGUGAUCUGUUAUUGGAUGAAAUUCAAGUCGCGUCGUACAAAAUUCUGUCUUCGUUAUACACACUGGGAACUGAUACCACGCUUACAAGGGAUCGCAAGUACCUCAAGACUGAAAUUGAACGCCACAAACCGGCGUUGGGAUCCUGUCUUGGAGCGUUCAGCUCUUGCUUCCCGGUAGCCUUCCUCGAGCCACAUGCCAACAAGCACAAUCCAUUCUCACUGUUGAAUCGUAUUGCCGACACAUCUCUGGAAGCUCAGGACAUCAUGACGAAAAUGGAGAGCUCGAUGCCAACGCUCGAAACGAUCUUGUCCGAAGUCGACCACUUUGUCGAAUCGGAGAAGACAUACCAAGAUGCUCAACAUAUCAUCGAUGUAAUUCUACCAUUGCUGUGCUCCUAUCUGCCAUUCUGGUGGAACCAAGGUCCGGACAACGUCAGCCCACAAUCCGGAAAUCACGUUACAAUGGUCACGGCAGAUCACAUGAAUCUCCUGCUCAAGAACGUUCUGAAAAUGAUCAAGAAGAACAUUGCCAAUGAAAACGCACCCUGGAUGACGCGCAUCGCUAGUUUCACCCAGCAGAUCAUCAUCAACAGCUCGGAGGAGCUACUGAAGGAUGUCUUCCUUCCGUUGGCCGAGCGUGUGAAAAAGCGUUGCGACAGCAUGUUCCACAAAGAAGAAAGCUUGAGAGGUUUUCUCAAGUCUUCCACGGACGACACGUCGCAAAUUGAAGCCCAAAUCCAGGAAGACUGGCAACUGCUGGUCCGCGACAUCUACUCGUUCUACCCGCUGUUGAUCAAGUACGUUGAUCUGCAGAGGAACCACUGGUUGAAGGAUAACAUUGCGGAAGCGGAAGAGAUCUACAACUACGUUGCCGAAAUCUUCAACGUUUGGUCUAAGAGUCAGUACUUCUUGAAGGAGGAACAGAACUUCAUUUCUGCCAACGAAAUCGAUAACAUGGCACUGAUCAUGCCGACCGCUACGCGGCGAACAGCUGCUGUUUCCGGCGAUGCACCCGCUGCCGGCGGUAAGAUCAAGAAGAAGAAGCGUGCCCGAGACAAGAAGCGUGACAAGGACAAGGAAAUUCAGUCCAGUUUGAUGGUCGCUUGUCUCAAACGUUUACUUCCGGUCGGGUUGAACCUGUUUGCUGGUAAGGAACAAGAACUGGUACAGCAUUGUAAGGAUCGCUACUUGAAGAAAAUGCCCGAAUAUGAAGUGAUUGAAUUUGCUCACACCCAACUGACCCUUCCGGAUAAGCUGGAUCCGGCGGACGAAAUGUCCUGGCAGCACUAUCUGUAUUCCAAGUUGGGCAAAAAAGAGGACACCAUUGUGCAGGAUUCGAUCGAGAAAUCCACCGACAAAAAGCAAGGCAACAAGAUCGAGGACACCGUCGAACGAAUCGUUGCCAUGGCGAAGGUUCUGUUUGGAUUGCACAUGAUUGACCAUCCACAACAACAAAGUAAAAAUGUUUAUAGAAGUUGUGUGUCGAUACAGAGAAAACGGGCGGUUAUUGCUUGUUUCAGACAUGUCUCCUUACAUUCGCUGCCAAGACAUCGAGCCUGUAACAUCUUCGCUAGGACCUACUCCGAACUAUGGCUGGAGGACGAGAAUGUUGGACAAGAAGUCAUGAUUGAAGACCUUACUCAAACAUUCGAAGAUGCCGAGAAAAAGAAGAAGGAAGAGGAAGAGGAGGAGGGUAAACCCGAUCCGCUGACUCAGCUGGUAACGACCUUCUGCCGUGGUGCUAUGACGGAGCGUAGCGGUGCCCUCCAAGAGGACGCCCUGUAUAUGUCCUAUGCGAGCAUUGUUGCUCGAUCGUGCGGCGAAGAGGAGGAAGAGGGAGGUGACGAAGAAGAAGGCGGCGGUGGUGGUGGUGAGGAUGAAGGAGGUGCCAGUAUUCAUGAACAAGAAAUGGAGAAGCAGAAAUUGCUGUUCCAUCAGGCCCGCUUGGCCAAUCGUGGCGUUGCCCAAAUGGUCCUGCUACACAUUUCCGCAUCCAAGGGUAUUCCCUCGGACAUGGUCAUGCGAACACUUCAGUUGGGCAUCGCUAUCCUGCGGGGCGGUAACAUCGACGUCCAGAUGGGCAUGUUGAACCACCUGAAGGAGAAGAAGGACGUCGGAUUCUUCACCUCGAUCGCGGGUUUGAUGAACUCUUGUAGUGUGCUUGAUCUGGAUGCCUUUGAACGCAACACCAAAGCCGAGGGGCUUGGUGUUGGUGCUGAAGGGGCAGCUGGUGAGAAGAAUAUGCACGAUGCUGAAUUCACCUGUGCUCUGUUCCGGUUCAUCCAACUGACUUGCGAAGGCCACAACUUGGACUGGCAGAAUUAUUUGAGAACUCAGGCUGGUAAUACCACCACCGUUAACGUAGUCAUCUGUACUGUCGAUUACCUGCUGCGACUUCAGGAGUCCAUUAUGGACUUUUACUGGCACUACUCCAGCAAGGAAUUGAUCGACUCAGCUGGUAAAGCCAACUUCUUCAAGGCCAUCGGUGUUGCUAGUCAGGUAUUCAACACCCUUACUGAAGUCAUCCAAGGUCCUUGUACACAGAAUCAGCAAGCGUUGGCCCAUUCCCGUCUAUGGGAUGCCGUCGGAGGUUUCUUAUUCUUGUUUUCGCACAUGCAAGACAAACUCUCCAAGCACUCCAGCCAAGUCGACCUACUGAAGGAAUUGCUCAACUUGCAAAAGGAUAUGAUCACCAUGAUGCUGUCCAUGCUUGAGGGAAACGUCGUGAACGGUACGAUCGGUAAACAGAUGGUGGAUACCCUGGUCGAAUCGGCUUCCAACGUAGAGCUGAUCCUCAAGUACUUCGACAUGUUCUUGAAAUUGAAGGAUCUCACUUCUACGCCAAGCUUUACGGAAAUCGAUCCCAACGGCGAUGGAUGGAUUUUACCCAAGGACUUCCGGGAGAAGAUGGAGCAACAGAAGAGUUACACACCGGAGGAAAUUGACUUCCUGCUGGCUUGUUGUGAAACCAAUCACGACGGAAAGAUCGAUUACAUUGGUUUUGUUGAUCGCUUCCACGAACCAGCGAAGGAAAUCGGUUUCAACUUGGCGGUACUGUUGACAAACCUUUCUGAGCACAUGCCCAACGAACCUCGUCUGGCCCGUUUCCUGGAGACUGCUGGAUCAGUUCUGAACUAUUUCGAAUCGUUCCUGGGUCGUAUUGAAAUUAUGGGAUCGUCCAAGCGCAUCGAACGAGUGUACUUUGAGAUCAAGGAGGCCAACAUCGAACAGUGGGAGAAACCACAGAUCAAAGAAUCUAAGCGCGCAUUCUUCUACUCGAUCGUAACUGAGGGCGGUGACAAGGAGAAACUCGAAGCGUUCGUCAAUUUCUGCGAGGAUGCUAUAUUUGAAAUGACACAUGCGUCCGGACUGAUGGCCAGCGAUGAAGACGGCGGCAACGUACGGCGUGAGGCCGCCUUCACUUACAUUAGCGAAGAGGAAGAAGAACGCGCCGCUAAGGAUCCAAUCAAGCGAACGAUUCAAGCCAUCAAGGACGGUCUGUCCUACUCGGUAUACAUGAUCUCACCAUCGAACAUCAAACAUCAGAUCGCGGUGCUGCAGUCGAAAUCAUUCCCGGAAAUUAUCGUAGGCUUCUUCAAAAUGAUCUUCUACGCGUUCUACUAUUCAGGCUUUGGGGUAUCGGUUAUUAUCAAGUAUUUGGUGAACAUUCUAAUGUCAUUGAUGCGAGGAUCAACUCAGGAGGAAGAGGAAGUGAUCGUGGAAGUUGAACCGUCGUUACUAGCGUUACCACCGUUACCAACAGAAGAACCGCCUAGUACGGUACAGGCAUUUGGUUUGGAUAUUAGUAAGGAAGAGAAUGGGCAAUACCGCAUGCAGCCUCAUGAAUCCCCUGCUUUGAGUCCAUCAUCGUCGGUGGAGGAAACGGGUGAGAGUAGUCCGGAGGAUGGCGCUGCUGAACUGUCGGCAGAUGCGGCCAGCGCUGAACCGCCGAUGACUCUGGUUGAUCUUCUCGGAGGUGAAGCUGCCAAGCGAGCGGCUCAAGAACGAUCGGAAGCUCAGAAAGCCCAGGAAGCUACUUUGGCUAACAUCGAAGCCGAACAGAAGAAAGCAUCUGCUGACACAAAAGAACCGGCAGCUGUAACGCAGAUCGAUUUUUCGAAGUACACGAAGAAGGCAGUCAGCUUUUUGGCUAGGAACUUCUAUAACCUGAAAUACGUCGCUUUGGUUUUGGCAUUCGGUAUCAAUUUUAUGUUGCUGUUCUAUAAGGUUACAACACUGGAUGACGAUGAACCUGCGGAAGGAUCUGGCGAGGAUAUGAUGGAAUUGGCCUCAGGACUUGGCUCUGGAUUGGUUGAAGCUGUUUUGGAAGGUGGUAGCGGCGAGGGUGGCAGUGGAGAUGGUGGAGACGAAGGUGACGGAGAAGAUCCACUGGAAAAGGUCGAGGUGGAUGAGGACUUCUUCUACAUGGCACACGUGAUGCGGAUCGCUGCCUUUAUGCACAGUUUGGUCUCGCUUUGUAUGUUGAUUGCGUACUAUCAUCUGAAGGUUCCGCUGGCUAUCUUCAAACGCGAAAAGGAAAUUGCUCGACGACUGGAAUUCGACGGACUGUUCAUUGCCGAGCAACCGGAAGACGAUGACAUCAAAUCACACUGGGAUAAAUUGGUUAUUUCAGCAAAGACGUUCCCAGUCAAUUACUGGGACAAAUUCGUCAAAAAGAAGGUCCGUCAGAAGUACAGCGAGACCUACGAUUUCGAUUCAAUAUCUAAUUUGCUUGGUAUGGAAAAGAACGCUUUUGCUGCUCAGGAGAGUACCGAAGGAGGUGGAUUCUUCCACUUUAUUGCAAACAUCGAUUGGAGAUACCAGAUCUGGAAAGCCGGCGUCACAAUCACGGACAACGCUUUUCUGUAUUCGCUUUGGUAUUUCACGUUUUCGGUUAUGGGCAACUUCAAUAAUUUCUUCUUUGCGGCUCAUUUGCUCGAUGUGGCCGUCGGUUUUAAAACUCUGCGUACCAUUUUGCAGUCCGUAACACACAACGGCAAACAACUGGUGCUGACGGUCAUGCUUCUCACAAUUAUUGUCUACAUCUACACCGUAAUUGCGUUCAACUUCUUCCGAAAGUUCUACAUCCAGGAAGAUGACGAUGGAGAAGAGGGAGACCGGAAAUGUCACGACAUGGGCACCUGCUUCGUCUUCCAUUUGUACAAAGGUGUCCGAGCGGGUGGUGGCAUUGGUGACGAAAUUGGAGACCCAGACGGAGACGACUACGAAGUGUAUCGAAUUCUAUUCGAUAUUUCGUUCUUCUUCUUCGUUAUUAUUAUCCUGCUUGCCAUCAUCCAGGGUUUGAUCAUUGACGCUUUCGGAGAGCUUCGUGAUCAGCUGGAAUCGGUUAAGGAGGACAUGGAGUCUAACUGCUUUAUUUGUGGUAUAGGCAAAGACUAUUUUGAUAAAGUACCUCACGGGUUCGACACGCACGUCGCUCAGGAACACAACCUGGCGAACUACAUGUUCUUCCUGAUGCAUUUAAUCAACAAACCGGACACGGAGUACACCGGUCAGGAAACUUACGUGUGGAACAUGUACCAGCAAAGAUGUUGGGACUUCUUCCCCGUUGGUGACUGCUUCAGGAAGCAGUACGAAGAUGAACUGAGUGGUGGUGGCAGUUAAUUAGCUGAGUAACAUCAACAAACCGGGAAAACAAACCAAAAGUUAUGAACAAACGAACAAAAAUCAAACAAUCAACCAAUCAUUUUAAAGACAUUUUUUCAAAGUUUCAUCUUAAAAUUAAUGAGAUCGACUAUUCCAAAGAAAUUAUUAUCUUUCACGAGCAAUCUUUCCAAAAUCAAAUGUCUUAAAAACGUCAAUUUGUAAAAUCUAAUUUAGGGAAAAUUUAAAGAAUUGAAAAUAAUUGAGCCAACAUUUCUCCUAGAGUAAGCGUCAUACCUCGGGUAUUUUUUUCAUGAUUUAUAAUUCGAAGUAACAGACAGAACCUAUCUCAUCCAGAUCAUUUCUCAUGUUUACACGAACGAGCUAUUGUUAUAGCAUAUAGUUGGAUAUCUAUAUUUUUAUUCUUUGAUUGCACAAACAUUGACGCGUAUUUCUCAUUUAUGUUACUAUUAAGUUUGAUUGAUCAUUUUGAAAUGGUUCUGUAACAAACCGUGACAAAUCAAAGAAUGUCUAGGAGAAAUCUUCUACAUGCGAACUCAGUAGAUAAUAUACACAAUGAUCACUUUUUAUCUAGUUGAAAAGAUUCUAUUAGGAUUAAUAAAAACAGAUCGACUACUUAUGAGUAAUACAA